ACGAGCCGGGCGACCGCCGGGCAGGAGCGGGCGCCGGAGUCCGAGCCCGUGUGGGAGCGGCCCUGGUCGGUGGAGGAGAUCCGCAGGAGCUGCCAGAGCUGGUCGCUGGCGGCCGACGCGGGCCUACUGCAGUUUCUACAGGAAUUUUCACAGCAGACUCUCUCUAGAACCCAUGAAAUCAAGAAACAAGUGGACGGACUAAUUCAGGAAACUAAAGCCACAGAUUGUCGCCUACAUAAUGUCUUCAAUGACUUCCUUAUGCUGUCUAAUACCCAGUUCAUCGAGAAUCGUGUGUAUGAUGAAGAAGUGGAAGAGCCAGUUCUCAAGGCUGAGGCAGAAAAAGCGGAACAGGAGAAGACCCGGGAACAGAAAGAAGUAGAUCUGAUUCCUAAAGUUCAGGAGGCUGUGAACUAUGGUUUACAAGUAUUGGACAGUGCAUUUGAGCAACUAGAUAUAAAAGCAGGAAACUCAGACUCUGAAGAAGAUGAUGCUAAUGAGCGGGUGGAACUGAUCCUCGAACCAAAGGAUCUGUACAUCGAUCGUCCUUUACCUUAUUUAAUUGGGUCAAAGCUGUUCAUGGAGCAAGAAGACGUAGGUCUUGGAGAGCUGUCCAGUGAAGAGGGCUCGGCAGGCAGCGGCCGUGGCAGCAUUGUGGGCAGUGAGGAAGAGAACGAAGAAGAGGAGUCAGAAGAAGAUUUUGCCAAUCAUAGUGACAAUGAUCAAAACCAGCACACUGCACAAAUGAGUGAUGAAGAAGAGGAUGAUGGCUGUGACAUUUUCGCUGACUCUGAGAAGGAGGAGGAAGAUAUUGAGGACAUUGAAGAAAAUCCUAGACCUAAAAGACCCACGUCCUUUGCUGAUGAGCUGGCAGCUCGGAUCAAAGGGGCUGCCACAAGCCAGACAGAAGAGGAGCAAAGAGCCUUAUCUGCAGAAGCAAAACCUCAGAAGACAUUGAAAGAGAAGAAGGAAAGGAGAACUCCCUCAGAUGAUGAAGAAGAUAACUUGUUCACACCUCCCAAGCUGACCGAUGAAGACUUCUCGCCCUUUGGCUCUAGAGGUGGCCUGUUCAGUGGAGGGAAGGGGCUUUUUGAUGAUGAGGAUGAGGAGAGUGACCUCUUCACGGAAGCCCCUCGGAAUCAGGAAGCUCGAGCACCUGUUAAUGAAGUGUCUUCAUCCUCCAAACUCGGAAAGAAAAUUCCAGCUGGAGCAGUUUCUGUAUUUUUAGGGGAUGCUGAUGUGUUGGGCACAGCCUCUGCUCCAUCACUGAAGGAGCCCCAGAAGCCCAAGCAGCCCACCGUGGGGAAGGGCUUGCACCUCUCAGCGCCCACCGACCUCUUUGAUGACGAUGAUGAUGACGACUUUUUUGCAGCAUCCAGUAGCAAACCCUCCAAGUCAGACAAAGUCAAAUCCACUGCCAAUAUCUUUGAUGAGGAGGAAGGAGAUCUGUUCAAGGAACAAGCUGUGACUUUGCCAGAAGCUACUGUGAAUCAGACAGAUAAAAAUAAAGCAAGAGCAGAAAAAAAGGUUACUCUGCCUUCCAGCAAAAAUCUUAAGCUUUUGUCAGAAACAAAGACUCAAAAAGGUUUAUUUUCAGAUGAGGAAGACACUGAGGAUUUGUUUUCUUCUCAAAAUGUGAGUAAGUCAAAAGAUGCAUCUCUCCUGCCUAGCAAACUCCCCACGUCAGUCUCGCUUUUUGAUGAUGAAGAUGAAGAGGAUAUUCUUUUUGGGGCUACAGCUGCUAAGAAGCAAACAUCAUCUCUACUACCUCAGAACCAAGAGAAAGCAAAGCCCUCUGAGCCCCCCAGGAAGAAAGCAUCUGCCUUGUUGUUCAGCAGCGAUGAGGAGGACCAGUGGACUGUUACUGAUUCACAGACCAACUCAGCAUCUGACCACAGGUCUAAAGGAGAACUUAAAGACUCUGGGACCACCCGGGACCAGGAGAUUGUGAAAAAGACCAGCCUCUUUGAGGAAGACGAUGAAGAUGAUCUAUUUAUUAUUGCUAAGGACAGCCAAAAGAAGACCCAGAGAGCAUCACUUCUCUUUGAAGACGACGGGGACAGUGGAAGCUCUCUGUUCGGCUCUCCUCCCGCAUCUGUUCCUCCUGCCGCAACGAAAAAAGAGACUGUCCCUGAGGUACCACCUUUGCUCUUCAGCGAUGAAGAAGAGAAGGAGGCACAACUUGGAGUGAAACCUGUGGACAAGAAGGUCGAGGAUGCCAAAGAGUUGUCAAGAUUUGGGAGCACUCAAGUGGUCGAGGAGUCUGAAAAGGAAGGGCCUUUGACUGUAUCUACUCAGGAAGCAGUCAAGCAUUCUGACUUAUUUUCUUCAUCAUCCCAGUUGGACAAAGGAACCAAAAGUAGAACCAAAACUGUUCUUAGCUUAUUUGAUGAGGAAGAGGAUAAAACAGAAGAUCAAUACAGCAUUCAACCUCUAAAGAAAGAAGUGGGGAAGAAUUCCAAUCCUGAUGCCCGUCCCAAGAGCACAGGUGUCUUUCAGGAUGAAGAGCUUCUUUUUAGUCACAAGCUCCAGAAGGACAAUGACCCUGAUGUUGAUCUUUUCUCUGGCACCAAUAAUACCAAGUUGUUAGAGCCGAGUGUUGGGAGCCUUUUUGGGGAUGAUGAAGAUGAUGACCUUUUCAGUUCUGCCAAGUCCCAGCCUUUGGUAUCAGAAAAGAAGAGGGUAGUGAAAAAAGACCACUCUGUUUGCUCUUUUAAGAACCAGAAACAUCCUGAAUCCACUCAAGGUAUCAAAGAAAAAAGCACGUGGAAACUGGAAACCCCUCAGGAUGCACCAGGUCCCGCUCCAUUUAAAACCAAAGAGCCAUCCUCUCGGAUCUGGAAAAUACAAGCAAAUUUAGCUAUUAACCCAGCAACCUUGCUGCCUGCAGCGGCUCCCCAGAUCUUGGGGACGAAUCCUGUUUUGCCAGAAUUGGCUUUUCCUUCGUCUGAGCCUGGAAGAAUCCAGAGUCUGGAAAGUAUACCUACUCUUCCUGGCCGUGGAGAGGCCGGCGUGAGUUUUGAUCUUCCAGCUCAGGCCGACACCUUACACAGUGCAAACAAGAGCCGGGUCAAAGUGAGAGGGAAGCGCAGGCCACAGACCCGUGCAGCUCGGCGGUUGGCUGCCCAGGAAUCCAGCGAGGCUGAGGACAUGAGUGUCCCCAGAGGAUCCAUUACACAAUUGGCAGAUGGUGCCAUUUCCCCAGCCGACUAUCAGCCCAGGACAGCUGGUGGAAAAGAUAGCUCUGAGGAGGCCAUGGCAGCUGCUACUUUAAGUUGGACAGGUGGUCUGGUACCUGGAGUGGACAGGAGCCCCUCUGGGAAAUCUCUGGGUCAGCCUCUUGGGGGUGACCUUUUUGAUUCUGGAGAUAUCUUUUCCAAAGACACUGAAGCUCAGCUCAUGGGAAGAAACACUAAGGCAGAGUCAGCAGAGAGCCCAGCCAACGCUCCAGGGGGAAGUAAAGAAAAGAGCCCACUGUUUCCUGCUCUAGGUGAGGCAGAAAGUGAUGACGAUCUCUUUCGGUCUGUUAGACCAAAACCAGUAAAGGAAACGAAUCCCUUCCCUCUCCUGGAAGGUGAAGAUCGUCUCUUUCCAGAUCAGAAAGGCAAGAAGAAGGAGUCAAAAUCCAGUGGUCAGCAAGCUGCUAUCUCAAAAGCACAAGAUAUUUUUGAGGAUGAUAUAUUUGCUACAGAAGCAGUUAAACCAUCACAAAAAACAAGAGAGAAGGAAAGAACAUUUGAACCCAACUUGUUUGAUGAUAACAUUGAUAUCUUUGCUGACCUAACUGUAAAACCAAAAGAAAAGUCCAAAAAGAAAGUGGAAACUAAGUCUAUAUUUGAUGAUGAUAUGGAUGAUAUCUUCUCCUCUGGUAUCCAGGCUAAGACAACCAAACCAAAAAGUCGAUCUUCACAGGCAGCACCUGAACCAAGAUCUGAACAGAAGGUGGCCAAUAUAUUUGAUGAUCCUUUGAAUGCCUUUGGAGGCCAGUAGAGCAUACAGGGUAUCACAUCUCACUCUUCAGCUACAUCCUUGAGUUAAUAUGCUGUCUUAUGCAUUCAUUGUCUUAACUGUAUUUUAAGAAGCAAAUACUGAAACGGUGCACUCACCUCUUACCAAAUGCACUUUGUAUUUUUCUGCACUGGUUUUAAUCGUGCUUAAUACUGCAAAACAAA